AAACCCUAGAAAACUCUCAUCGCCCCCACUCCAUAGUCCACACCAUUCAAUUCAUCUUCUCUAAUUUUCGCCGCCAUUGACAAACCCGCCACUCCAUCAGCUGAAAGAAAACCGCAUCUGUUCGUCAACUAAUUUUUCCAGAUUCGCUCACUCCGCCGCCGCCUCUGUGGCUCCCUCCGCCCCUUACGCGUCGGCGUCUCGACUUCCUCGUUGAACAAGCUCUUUCUCUAGCUCAGCUACGAGCUGAACUCGAGUCUGUGGGGUGAAUCAGCUUGGCUCGAAUACAGCCCGAUAACAACUGUUUAGCUCUCUAUGUUCGUUGAUUAGCUCGAAUGAGUUUUAUUUGAGGCUGCAGCAUCCGAGAGAACAAAGCGUUCAUUUUGAGCAUAUGGGGAUGCUCAUUUGUGGGUGCGGUUUGCCAAGAUGCAUGAAGUUGAAGAACUAUACUUGCAUUGGAGGGAUUUACAUCUGAAAAGGACUGGCAAUAAUGAUCACAAAGUCCGUUGGGUGCCACAGUAUCUGUACUCAUGCUCGUCGCUUAAAGUGUUAUCGAUCCACACUUCUUACUUUAGAAUUACUGGGAAUGUGCAGUGGAAUCAUCUCAAGAGUUUAACAAUUAUCAAUGGUUUUGGGGUCACUGAAGACGUGAUUAAUCAAAUAUUGUGUGGUAGCCCUCAGUUGGAAGUCUUAAUCCUGUCUUUAGUAGAAAGUGAUGAAAGCUUGCAUAUCCGGUCUACUAGUUUGAAAGAGCUUUCGAUGAACAAGCAUUUACAUGAUGCCGACGAUGAUUCAUCUACUUAUACGGCGGAGCUGAGAAUUUGGACUCCAAAUCUUAAAACCUUAGAAAUUAAAGGAAUUCCAUAUGGCAAGUGUUUGUUGAUGAAUGUCUCAUCUUUAACUCAUGUGACUCUUGAGUAUUCUAAUCUACAUCAAUAUGAUCGAACAUAUUGUGGCGACUUUCCCGGGAUAGAUGACUUCUUAUCCUCAAACCAUUUUCUUGGAGAUUUAUUUGGUCAAAUUCUUCCAAACAUCCAACACGUUGAAAACGUCAAAUUACUGCCCUGUUGCUUCAAGGUGCUUAGAGCUAUGAUAGAGGGAUGCAUGAAUUUAUCUUCUCCUAAUGUCAAAUCCAUACAGUUCAGAUUUCAUUGUACAUUUGUAGGUAUGAUUGAGAUUUUCCCUCUUUCAAAGAAGUUAUUCAUUGAAGUUGGAGAAAGGGUCAAGUCCUAUAGUGGUGAGGCAUAUUCACUGUGGGCCUCUCGUCACUUCUACCGCGAGUUUGAACUACAUAUUCCUAUGUCCUUUAUGCUGCAGUUGAGAAUUGUUGAGGUUACUUUGGUUGAGGGUGACAUCUUAUUUCCAUUUCUAGAAUCACUGUUGAAAAACGCGAGUAAGCUAGAAAAGAUUGUGUUCCGAGUAAAAGGAUCACAAAAUUGUUUGCUUCAUGCAUCACAGAAGCUGCUGAAAAUGCCAAGAUCCUCACGAACUGCAGUGUUUUCUUUCUGUGAAUAUUGAUCUUACUAUGCUAUCUUCAAUCAUAGGUAACUACAUGGGUAAAAUGGCAGCAUUAUGCGCUUGAUAUCCUUUUGCUUCGUCCGACUAUCUGUUUCUUUCCUCUGUUUCACUUUGGGAUUAUAUUUUCAGUGAGGCAAAGCAAUUUGACACUUCUGGAUGAAGCUGAUGUUGUUUUGAUAUGUGUCUCACUUGUUAACUUCUUGAUGCUAUGAAUGCAACUAUUUAUGGAACUUAGAUUGUUAUUCAGUCUUGUCCAACUAAUGUAGUGCUUCAUAUAUUAGUUUGUAGAAUUAGAAAAUUUUGGGAAGGGCAAAUUCGACUCUCCAUGGGUUAAAUCUGGGCAAAGUAUGGCUAUAUGAGCAUGUAUAGAUCAUUUUUGCAUUUGAUAUUUAAACGAUAUUGCUAUCUAUAAACUGCAUACGAUUUCUUUUUUUAA